AAAGCAGUGUAGGUAAUAAUAAGUUUUGCUUUGGUAAUAUUAAACAUAUUUAUUUAUUAUUAGGUAUAAAUAAUAUUGAUUGUAGAGAGAAAUGAUUUUAAUACAGAAUUUGGUGAUAUUCAUUUUCUUUUAUGUAGCUACAGGGUUACAAUAUUUAGGCGGACAUUUUGGCGACGGAAUUACUUAUCCAGGAACAAAAUGGUGCGGAAUAGGAAACAUUGCAUCCGAUGAUAACGAUUUUGGUACCGAAAUUGAAGCCGAUAAAUGCUGCCAAACUCACAGUAACUGUCCAGAUUAUAUAGAGGGUUUUCAAACAAAGUAUAAUUUGACAAAUCCGUUACCUUAUUCGAGUGUGCUCUGCAAGUGCGAUAAAGAGUUAAACAAAUGUUUGAAGGAAGCAGAUACGGAGGCUUCGAAUGACAUUGGAGAUUUUUUCUUUAACAAAUUCAUAUCGCAGUGCUUUUCAAAACAAGGAGACUUAUAUCAUUGGGAAGAUAAACCAAAGUUUUAAAUAAUUCAAUAUAUGUUUGAAAUAUAAAACAUAUUUAAUAAAAUUUAUGAAUGAUC